AAGGAGAGAGUCAGCCAACCUCGAACGACUACACGACACGUCGUAUCUAAAACCACUAUACAGCAAGAAAACGGUAACAAAUAUUCCAAGUCUGAAAACUGAAAGAAACGACUUGUCGUUUCCUAUCCGAACCAGAACGAAAGCAAAGCUGUGGCCUGUGGGACAGACGAGACAAGCUUCUAGUUCACCGAACCGAAGAAGCAUUAACAAAAAAUGGGCAGCUUAUUCAACAAAACAAACAUUCAUCGCUAAGCUUCUCCUUUUUAUAGCUUGUUGUUUUCCUGGUUAAAGCAGGCUAUGCCAGCAUGAUUGUUUGCUCUCCCAUUAGUACAUGUGUGAAGAAUGUUGUCCACCUGAGUAGCCGUGUUCAACAAAUGGGCAGCACUAUCUUGAAUGUGGUAUCUGGAGGACAAACCACUUCUUGCUGUUUUUCUUCGUACCCUGGUCUUUCCAGGUCAAGUUAUUCUCGUUUGUCUGUCUCAAAGACAUUCUCUUGUCCAUCAAUUAGCUAUCAAACGAUACAGAGCAACUGUUUUGGAUCUGUUUUGACCAAGCAAAGGGCUGAUUUGCAAUCAUUUUCUGUAAAAGGUGUAGUUAGAUCUAGAGGUCCUCUGAAGAGACAAUUCAAUAUUUCAUUGCCAUGCCAAAUCAUGAAUCUGAGGUUUUCAGUUUCAAAACAAGGAGUUCUAUCCAAAAUCAAUGAUAAUACAGGAUCUAUUUCUUGGUCACAAGGAUAUCCCACCACUGGCAUAAUUUUUGGACUUCUGGUUUGUUAUUCAAGUUCUGAGCCAACACACGCUGAAGCAGCUACACACAAGAAUGAAGAGGAGGACAAUUGCAAUUUAUCAGAUAUUAAAUUCUCACACGGGAAGGAAGUUUACAGAGACUACUCCAUUAUUGGAAUACCAGGAGAUGGUAGAUGUUUGUUCCGCUCUGUGGCUCACGGGGCUUGUAUACGGUCUGGGAAACCAGCUCCAAGUGAAAACCUUCAGAGAGAAUUAGCAGAUGACUUGCGUUCUAAAGUUGCUGACGAGUUUAUCAAGAGAAGGGAGGAGACAGAAUGGUUUAUAGAAGGCAAUUUUGACACCUAUGUGUCAAGAAUCAGGAAGCCACAUGUGUGGGGCGGUGAGCCUGAGUUGUUGAUGGCUUCUCAUGUUCUCAAGAUGCCAAUCACUGUGUACAUGGAUGACAAAAAUUCUGGGGGCUUGAUAUCCAUUGCAGAGUAUGGUCAGGAGUACGGGAAGGAAGAUCCAAUUAGGAUUAUAUAUCAUGGUUUUGGCCAUUAUGAUGCCUUACAGUUUCCAAGAACCAGAGGUGGUAAAUCAAAACUUUAAUAUUCCUAUAACACCGAAACUGAAAAGAAAAUCAUGAUAUAGGCAUGUAAUUGUGUCCUUUUCUCUUAUGUUGCAUACUAUGAUGAUUUUCACAUAACCGAUAGCCUUCCUACAUUUCAUACAA